UUUCUUUGAGCGUUUCCUCAGUGCAGGCCCCCACAUCAUGCAAUGAAUGAACUUUGCUAAUUCCCUUAGCAAUAAUCCAUUCCAACUUUUUGGAAAGAGGACUUAAUCACAACAUAUGCACGCACAACACAAUUAAUCAUCUCAGCUUUGCUUUUGUUUAUGGUCUCUAUAUAGAUCUUUGGCAGAUGGAGUUGGAGUCUCUCAGAAUCAUACCACAGUACAAAGAACUGUGCAGUCAUGUCUUCGGCCUCGACCGUCGUCGGACCCAUCGUGUUGGACAUCUACUCCAGAAGACUCUUGCUCAGCGCUCCCGUGUUCAUGCAGCACCCCGAGCCACCAUCCCCUUGGAUCGCCGGCUCGAACUUCGGGCUCUCCGAUCGGCCCGGGAGCAGCAGCACCAACGCCGUCAUGAUCGUCGCCGUCUUACUCUGUGCUCUAGCGUGCGCGCUGGGGCUCAAUUCCGUGGUCCGCUGUGCGCUCCGGGCGUCGAACCAGAUGGCGGCGGAGGGCGUGGCGAACCACCCGGUGGCUCGACUGGCCCGGACCGGGCUGGGGAAGAAGGCCCUGCAGCGGCUGCCGAUGCUGGUCUACUCCACCGGGCUGAAACUCACCGGGUCGGUUCCCGAGUGCGCGAUCUGCCUGUCGGAGUUCGAGGCGGGCGAGGAGAUACGCGUCCUCCCCAAGUGCAAUCAUCGGUUUCACCGCAGGUGCAUCGACAAAUGGCUGAUGGCUCGGUCCUCCUGCCCGACCUGCCGCCGGUGCUUGUUCGGGGCGUGCCGGAAGACCUCGGGCCGUGCCGGAGAGAGCCAGCCGGCCCACGCGGUCAUAGUGGCCUUGGAACCGGAAGGUUUAGUCACUGGCUACCGCUAUUGAGCAGUGCCAUUAGUCAUUUAGUGGCAGUCUGUACAGAGUUCAUAGAGGCGGAAUUGGUUCAUCUUUUGUAAUGUUUGUGAUUUGGGGUAAGGAGAUGAAAGAUGAUUCAACUCCCGAGUGGUUUUCGGCUUCUAAAGAAGCAGAAGCAGAAGCAGCGGAUGGGCUAUGGAAAUAGAGAUGAUGGGAAUCUAAGUGAAGCCCACUAAGGCAUGGUCCACUUUAUCCAGUUGCGGCAUAGAUUUUAGAUAUCCAGUUGCGGCAUCUCAUUGGCUGCCACUUUAAAGGAUGACGGAGAACCUUUGUGAUGGCGAGACAA